UGGUACUACUGCUACGAAGUCAACUUGAUUUCUGUAUACCUAACCUAACCCAAACCUAUAAGAGUUGUACCUAACCUAUUAUACUAAAUUUUAAAUAUAAUUUUUAUUGAAUCAUCACACAAAAAGUUAAAAAUAAUGAGUUUAAUACCAUAUAUGCGUUCUAUAUUUCAGAUUAGUCAAAAUAAUGUUACAAAAAGGCAUUUACAUAUCAGUACAGUGCUUAAUAAAUCACGAGCUGGACGUUAUAGACCAAAACCAAAAAUAGUGCAAGCACUGACAUAUGAAAUGGCAAAUCCACCACAUUAUAUUGCUUCCAGAAAAUCUUGGAAUUCAUGGAAUACAUCAAAUAUAAAAGAUGGUAAUAGACCAUCAGAAACUCUUGUGGAAGAUUUAUUUAUUCGAAAUUUUAUACAAGGAACUUGGCACGGAUUGUUUUUAAGUGAAGUCAUUAUUAAACGUCAACAUAAUAUCAUUAGAAUAGCUGGUAUUAUUAACCGCAAAAUGUUGCCUGGUCAAAUACAUUUUUUAAUUGGUUAUACUGAACAACUUUUAAGCUACUGGUUACAUUGUCCAAUAAGAAUGGAAUUAUCAUCAGUACCUUCUAAAGAUGUUAUAUACAAAUAUAUCUAAUAUGUUCAUAGUCUCAAUUAUUUUGAUAUAAAGUAUAAUUGUAAGUGUCAUAAAAAAUUAUAUUGUGUAAAUAAAAGUAAAUUUAUAAUUCUUAACUUAUUUCACAUAUAUUUACACUAUUAUUGAUUCAUUGCACGACUUUUUGUGU